AUGUCAAAAUCAGUACACAGCAAAAAUGAAAUACUGAGGUCCAACACUGGUUUGACCAUCAAUCCAUCCAAAGCCUAUCCACGCUCAGAAACAAGAGAUAAACUGACAGGACUUACUAUAUUUCAAGGAGGACUUUUCAGGCAAAGUCAAGCAAUCAAAAACAGGUUUCCAUUCAGGGCCAAAGGUACACCAAGACUCGAUGAGCAUAUACUCAUUGUCUUUUGUAUGCUUCUAGUGUCUUCCGUCCAGGUCAAGCAUCAGGGAUCCGAUCAGAGUCCACGGUUAUCAGUAUCCAUUCCAUCCAGGUCAAGCCUCAAGGUUCACGUCAAGGUCCACGGUUUUAAGAUCAAGGUCCACGGUUUUAAGAUCAAGGUCCACGGUUUUCAGAUCAAGCCAAGGCCAAUCGAUCCAGGUUUACUGUCCUCUAGGUUUAAGCCAGCAAUCGGGUUUUUAAUCUCCAUUAAGGAUUAA